CACAUGCUUGCAUACGUACACACAAGCACAAGCUCUUCGCCCGCGUGGUAGCCGGGAGCGACAGACUUCAGGCUUCCCCCAUAACGUGCUUCCUUCUCCGGCGCGGCUGCGAGGCGAAGAAGACGUGGACAUCCCCCUGGUGCUUCGACGUCGACUCUCCGCCACCAUGACGUUCCGGCAGGACUACUUCCGCUCCUACGACAUGGCGAUGGACUGCAAGUACCUGCGGCAGGCGGACGACUUCAGCCCGCCGCCGCCGCCGCCGCCGGCGGACCGCUACAACAGCGCCGACGGCGGCCAGUCGCCGAAUGGCGGCGGCGGGGACGGCUGCGACCCGGCGGCGCGCCAGGCCCCGCCCCUCGACCAACCGACGGACGGCGCGCACGGCGCAUGCGCGUCCCCGCCCACCGCCGGCAGCUUGUCGCCCGCGCCGCGGGAGAGCGCGCGCGACGACGACUCGCUCGAGGCCGUCGAGGAGGGCGGCCAGGUGAAGGGCUGGCGGCGGAGGGGGGAGGCCCAGGCCCCGCGCGCCACGGGACUGGAGGAGGGGGAGGACACCUCGCCGGCGGUGACGUCAUCGCGAGGGGAGGAGGAGGAGGAGGAGGUGUUGGCCGCCGCCGCGGGGGAGGGGGUGGACCCGGGGCCCGCGCCGACCUCGGAGGCUCACUACCAGGAGGCCCCGCCGCAGUACCACCCCGCGCUCGACGAGCACUUCCCCCCCGCCGCCGACGAACAUGACAUGCCGUACCAGGCCGGGCUGGAGCGCGUGAGGCCGCUGGAGGACGGCUUCCAGCAGCGGCAGGGCUACUGCCUGGGCGGGCUGUUCCCCGGGUACAAGGCGGCGGGCUACCUGGACGAGGCGCAGCACCACCCCUACCUCGACGACUACCUGGGCGGCCAGCCGCGGGAGGGCUCGCUCUCGUCGACGGGGUCCCGCGAGGACUCGCCGCGUGACGAGGCGGUGUUCGAGAACCUGGGCGAGCCGCAGCAGUACCAGCAGCAGCAGCAGCAGCAGAGGGCGUCGUACGCGCCGCUCACGACCCUGCAGCCGCCCGCGCACGCGCCGUCGCCGCUCGACGCCGGCGACAUGUACUCCGGGCCGCUGGAGCAGCAGCACCCGCACCUGGCGGGGCCCGCCUUCCACCAGCACGACGCCGCCUCGCUGCUGCACGCCAACAUCAGCAGCACGAUGUAUUCACGCUCGAUGUAUCCCGGAUCGAUGUCCUACCUAAACACCAGUCCCAACUCUGACGUCAGCGGACAACAUUUGACGUCACAAAUGUGGGGCUCGCAAGUUUCUUUGGCCGGCGCGACGGAGGACUACUCGCCCAGCAUCAAGACCUCUGCGCCGUCGCUCCCCGGCUUCCCGCAGCGCUUCGGCUCCGGGGGCGGCUCCGGUGGUGGGGGCAGCGGGGGCGGCUGCGGGGGCGGCGCCCUGCCCGGGUUCCCCUCGCCUCACCGAUCGUCGCCCUACUCCCCGGCGCCGGCGCCCGCGCACGCGCCCUCGCUCGGCUACCUGGCGGGCAGCCCGGGCCCCGGGGGCGGCGGCGGCGGCGGCGACGGCAGCGGGGGCGGCGGCGCGCUGUGGGGCGGCUACGACUCCGGAGCCCCGCUGCAGCAGUACGUGCCGGCGGCGGCAGGGGCGCUGCCCGGCGCCAGAUCCAGGACCUCGGCGCUCACCAACACCCUCUCCUCGCUCACGUCCAUCCCGGUGGAGGCGGCGGAGUACUACACGGAGGGCCGCGAGUGCGUCAACUGCGGCGCCGUUCAGACGCCGCUGUGGCGUCGAGACGGCACGGGCCACUACCUGUGCAACGCCUGCGUGAGCCAACCGGGGGAUUUCUGCAAAGGCUACUACGGUUUUAGUGGGCUUCCGCGGGGUCCCUUGGAGGACAAGUCCUCUCGUCGCUUGUCGGCGACGCGACGCAUGGGGCUGGCGUGCUCCAACUGCCAGACCAAGACCACGUCCUUGUGGCGACGCAACCAGCACGGCGAGCCCGUGUGCAACGCGUGCGGUCUGUACUUCAAGCUGCACGGCGUCAACCGCCCGCUCACCAUGAAGAAGGACAGCAUACAGACGAGGAAGAGGAAGCCUAAGGGAGAAUGCAAGAUGGACCGCGGCUCGAACAACGCCAGCAGCGCCUCUGGCGGCGGCGGGGGCGGCGGGGGCGGCGGGGGCGGCGUGCUGAGCACCGCCGCCGCCAGCCUGCAGGCCGCCACGAACCUGGUCAAGAUGGAGCACUCGAACCUCGUCAAGAUGGAGCACAACGGCGGCGCUACCUUCUCCGACGGCUACGGUGGAGAGGCGUGUCGCCCCGGCCUGUCUCUGGCGCACCACAGCGUGGCGGGCACCCACCCGAGCCUGGGGCUCAUGCAGCACCACGGCCAUGCCUCUGGGGGCUACGCGGGCAUGUACUCGCCGCCCGCCGCGCCGCAGUACGGCCACCACCAGCACCACCACCAGCACCACCAAGUGCACUCCCAGCCCAGCUACUACGACCUCAUCAGCCAGCACAUCAGCGCCGUGGCAGUGUCGCCCAAGGUGGAGUGUCCCUCGCCGCCCGCCGACGCCAACCGCUCGCUGUCGCCCGGCGAGGCUUCCCCGCACAUCGUCACCCUCGUCGGCAGCAGCAGCAGCAACAACAACAACAACAACAACAACAACAACAACAACAACGAAGCCGACGAUGGCGGCUCGGCCAAGAGCAUCAUCGUCAACCAGAACAUGGAGCGCCCCACCGUUGUGUCGCUGUCCGCCUGACGCUCUCCCUGGCCUCUGGAAAGAGCCGUGCUUUAAUCGUCGAGCUUCCUGUGGACAUUGGUAGAAGGAAGCAGGACUUUAAAAACACUCACUUGUCAUUGCUCUGUGAUCAUCUUGUGCCUUAUGAGUUCAUGUGAUGUUGCCUGACAUUAUUCUAUAGGAGCUGCUCUUCUGUCGCUCUUGGAAGAUAGCAGGAUAUUACACUCACUUUUCAUCGCUCUGUGAUCAACUUGUGCAUUAUGAAUCCAUGUGAAGCUCUUUGUCUGCCUGACACUCUUCUAGAGGAGCCGCUCUUCUUUUGCUACUGAAAGAAAGCAGGAUUUUACAAAGUACUCAAUAUUCAUCGUUCUGUUAUCAUCCUUUACCUUAUGAAUCCAUGUGGAGCUCUUUGUCUGCCAACCACCCUUCUAGAGGUGCUGCUCUUCUAUCACUGUUGGCCAUUACAAGUACUCACUUUUCAUCGCUCUAUGAUCAUCUUAUGCCUUAUGAAUCCAUGUCACUCUUUGUCUGAAUAACACUCUUCUAGAGGAGCCGCUCUUCUAUCGCUGAUGGAAGAAAGCAGGAAAUUAUAAGUACUCUCUUUUCAUUGCUCUGUGAUCAUCUAGUGCCUUAUGAAUCCAUGUGGAGCUUUCGUCUGCCUGUCAUCUAAUGAAGUUGCUCUUCUGUCGCUGAUGGAAGGAAACAGGACAUUACAAGCACUCGUUAUUGUUUUGUAACAAGCUAGUGCUUAAUGAAUCCAUGCAGAUUGCUAGGAGGAUCAUUUCUUUGGUAAAAAAAAAAUUGGGUAAGACAACCGGCUGUAAUGUGACAUAAACCAGCAUUAUUUUCUAGAUAAUUAUGUUUUAAAUGGUAACAUUCCCAAAACACUAUUGUUGUGCAAUCUGUUGUUUUUAAAUAACAAUUUUCAGACAGUUUAUGAAGACUGAAGAUUUGCACCACAUGUUUGAAAUGUUUCAACAGAAAUGAAGCAAGUAAUUUUUACUUAUACCUAGAAAAUUACAUAAAGUAUGUUUAUUACCUGUGACUAUGAAAUAAUACAAUAAAUUCAGUUUUUAUUUAUUUACUGAUUCAGAUAAUUGGACAGCGAAUGUUUUUAAUAUUUUGUGUCUUUUAAAUUUUUUGUUUUACUGGGAAUAAUACAUGUGGGCAAGUUAAUUUGUGCUUUUGAAUCUUUGCUGCAGACAAUGAUAUUUAAUGCCAGUCUGGAGUAAAAAAUAUCACGAGUAUGUUUUUGCAAAGUUUUACAAGUUUGGAAGACAAGCAUUGUUAAAAAGAGACACAAACCAAACCGUUACGAAUUUUCUGUGAUGUGAGUUUUAACCAUAUUGCUUGUUGACAAUGUUUAUUGCUCAAAAUGUACAAUUAAUAAGAUCUGAUAACUUUUAUUUUAAAAAUCUUAUGCAUUUAUAUCUAUUUUAAUGCAUACACACAAGAUUUUUAUUGCAAUAUAUAUAUUUUUUGUUUUCUUUUAGGAUUUAUAUGAUUGUGUGUUAUCAUGUGUAAAUAUUUUUUUUGCAUACUCGCCAAAUUUUUUGUGUGUUAUAGAAUCAAAGAUUCGUGGAACUGGAAUAUUAUUGAAAAUCUUUUAAUUAAGUUCUUGUCCAUUAGUACACAGCUACAGUGGAACACAUGUAAAUAUUUUUACAAGCACUCAAUAUUACCUCAGAUUCUCAGGAUCUUUCUUUCACUGGUAUGUGUUAUUUUAUAAAUGUUAUUUCAGAAAAUGUUUAAAGAUAGUUUAUAUUGUAUGACACGUGUUGCUGUAACUGACCAUGAAAUUAAGAUCUGUAGAUACCUGUUAUUUAAAUGUCCAAUAUCACAUAAAGAAAGAUUUUGGGGCCUAUGUUAAUUCAGAAUUACCAAAUUACUUCAGAUAUUCUGAAGAGUAUUUAUAAAUAUAGAUAAUAUCGUAAAUGUUUUGUGUUUUCAGAAGAUCAAUCACAGCAAUAUAAAUAAAUGGUUUUCAUUUCAUA